AUGCGGUAUCAUAAAUGUGUCACCUCCUCUUUGCCACCAGGUGUUAAUCAUAAUGAUAAUAAUGACGAUAUCGAAGAAAUACGCCCACCUCCUCCUCCAAUGGGAAUGGACAAAACCAAACCUCGAGCAAGAGAAAAAGGGAAAGUGACAUCUUCAAAUUUGUCGGUUAGAACCGAGCGGUCAGCUAGAUCGAAGAAAAUAAUGGCACAAAUGACACAAUUGAAUUUAACGUUAGAGAAGCAUAUUACUGAAACGGUCGGACUUACAAAAUAUUUGUUGUUAUUGCAAGACGUGAGCCAGUUCGACCCCGAAGAUCAAGAAGCGACAAAAAUGGUGAAGGCGUCGAUUCGCGAAAAAUAUAAUCUGAAAAACAAUUGA